AUGAAAGGAGCUUGGCUUCCUGGCUCUUCAAUCCUUUUUGUUAGUUCCAUAAUAAUAUUGAUAACCCAAGUUGGCCAUUGUUAUGGACAACUUAAACAAGGAUUUUACCAAGGUAAGUGUGGGCCAACUGACAUUGAAAAAUUGAUUUUCAAUGUUGUUCAACAAAAAUUUGCCCAAGAACCGGAUACUGUGUCUGACCUUGUUCGUUUGUCAUUUCAUGACUGCUUUGUUAGGGGAUGUGAUGCAUCUAUAUUUCUCGAUGGACCUAAUACCGAACAAAAAGCACCAGCGAAUGAAGGUAUUGGAGGACUUGAUAUCCUUAAUGAUAUUAAGGAUGCAGUUGAAAAAGUUUGCCCUGGAAUAGUCUCUUGUGCCGAUGUCCUUGUUAUAGGUGCUAGAGAUUCCAUUUUUCUGGCAGGUGGAAAAUGGUACGACGUAGAAACGGGAAGAAGAGAUGGACGUGUUUCUAUCGAUACUGAAGCAAAUGCAAACCUUCCUCCGCCAAAUAUAUCCAUUCCAGCUUCCAUUAUUUUAUUUGCUCAAAAAGGCCUCACCAUCAGUGAUAUGGUUGUUCUCUUAGGUGGACAUACUGUUGGAACUGCACAUUGUCGUUCGUUUAAAAAUCGUCUAUACAAUUUCCAAAAUACACAGCAACCCGACCCAAGCAUAAGUGCAUCUUUACUCGAACUCUUGCGAAACACAUGUCCCCUUAACGAUCAAACAGACAGAGAAGUAUUCCUUGAUCAAACCCCAAACAGCCAAUUCAAGAUCGAUAAUGCCUACUACAAGCAAAUUCUAGCUAACAAUGGCACAUUGAAGAUCGAUCAAAACUUGGCCUCAAGUCCUUUGACUAAACUCUUAGUUAAGGGGCUAGCUCAUUUUCCUAUAUUUGAAAGCCAAUUUGGUAAGGCUAUGGUCAAGAUGUCUCGGAUUGGGGUUCUCACUGGAAACCAAGGGGAGAUUAGAAAAUCUUGUAAUUCUGUUAAUUGAUCAUAUAUUUAAAGUGCUAAUUAAAUACUAUCAAUAAGCAUUAAUUUUCAUUUUAUUUACGGUAAUUACAAUAAUAAAUAAUAAUUUGUAUGAUUGUAAUAUUGGGCAUGUUCUUAAACAUGUUCUCAUAUGAGGUGUUUUUCACCUUAAAUGAAUAAAACUUUC